AUGGAUUCUUUCGGGAUUCCUUCUGCCAUUUUCAGGUUGUUCCUUUUGAUUCUACACAUUCCAUUUCCACUUUCCUCUUCUUUUUCUUUACCCUUGAAAGAACUUGCAAAAGGCAAAGCAUAUGGUUUCAAAGCACCUCUGAUUCACUGGUCAUCCCCUGAAUCCCCAUUCUAUGAACCAAACCUCACUCCUGGAGAGCUUAUGCGGGCCUCAGUACGUACCUCGCGUGCCAGGGGCGAUCGCAUUCGCAAGAUCAGGUCAAGUGGCAUUUCAAACUCCAGGAAAUAUCCUGUUUCGCGAAUUAGUAUCAUAGACAAGGUUUAUGUAAUGAAAUUUAACAUUGGAAGUCCUCCUGUGGAAACCUACGCAAUUCCUGACACGGGUAGUAAUAUUGUUUGGAUACAAUGUGGCAGCCCUAUUUGCACCAACUGCUACAAGCAAAAGAUCCCCUUGUUUAAUCCUACCAAGUCAUCUACUUAUGCAAUAAGACUUUGUGGUCAUCGUGAGUGCAAACAAGCCCUGUGGGGACUAGGAGAAUAUUUAGGCUGCAAAAGUUCUGUUCAAGUAUGUAGGUACCACAUAUCGUAUGAAGAUCAUUCCUUUUCAGAAGGAACUAUAUCUACAGAUAUCAUCACAUUCCCUGAACACAUCGCAGAAUUUGGCAAUUACUCAUUGAGAAUGUUUUUUGGAUGUGGGUACAAUAACUCAGAAACCCCAGGACAAGAUCCUAACUCGUUUACUGCCCCAGGAGUAGUAGGCUUGGGCAAUGAAAUGGCUUCACUAGUCGGACAGUUAACUUUAGGCCAAUUCUCAUACUGUAUUUCAACACCUGAUGUACAAAAACCAAACGGUACUAUUGAAAUCCGGUUUGGUUUAGCCGCUAGUAUUUCAGGGCAUUCAACUGCAUUAGCAAAUAAUCUGGAAGGAUGGUAUAUUUUCCAAAACGUAGAUGGGAUCUACGUGGAUGACACGAAAGUAAAGGGAUAUCCUGAGUGGGUUUUCCAGUUUGCCGAAGGAGGAAUUGGAGGACUAAUAAUGGACUCAGGAACAACGUACACAGAACUUUACUUUUCAGCCUUGGAUGCUCUGAUCGGGGAAUUGAAAGAGCAGAUUGAAUUAGCCCCUGACACACAAGACCACAGCAAUUCUAAUUAUAGCUUAUGCUAUAAUGCAGCAAAUUUCCUUCUAACUUACGUGCCUGCUAUUGAGCUCAAGUUCACUGACAACAAAGAGGCAUACUUUCCAUUCACUUUAAGAAAUGCUUGGAUAGAUAAUGGCAAUGAUCAGUAUUGCUUGGCCAUGUUUGGUACCAGUGGCAUAUCUAUUAUUGGGAUAUAUCAACAUAGGGACAUUAAAAUUGGGUAUGAUUUAAAAUAUAAUCUUGUUUCUUUCACUGAAAUGUUUGGAUGUUUUUAA